AUGAAGGUGUUGUGGUUGAAACCAAAGAAGAUUGAAGAACACUUUGGGAAACAAGGCAUAAAGGGUCCUCCAUAUUGUUUCUUCAUUGGUAAUGUUAAAGAGAUUAUAAGUUUGGCUAUGAAGGCUUCUUCACAACCCAUACCUAUGCCUUUCUCUCACAAUAUCCUGCCUAGGGUUCUCUCUUUCUACCAUCAUUGGAACCAAACCUAUGGGCCCAUGUUUCUUGUAUGGUUUGGACGAACGGCUCGUCUCACACUUGCCGAUCCCGACCACAUUCGAGAAGUCUUUUGUUUGAAACCAGAAUUCUAUGAAAAAUUUGAAGCUCACCCUCUUAUCAAACAACUUGAAGGCGAUGGUCUCCUUAACCUCAAAGGAGAAAAAUGGGCAUACCAUAGAAAAAUCAUCACUCCAACAUUUUACAUGAAUAAUAUAAAAUUGUUUGUACCCGUAUUAACGGGUAGCGUGGUGAAAAUGCUAGACAAAUGGUUAACCAUGUCGGAUUUUGGGAAGGUGGAAAUCGAAGUGUCUCAAUGGUACCAAAACCUAACCGAGGAUACAAUGACUAGGACCGCGUUUGGAAACAAUCACCUAGAUGGAAAGCGUAUCUUCCAAUUACAAGCUCGACAAAUGAUCUUAACUUCUGAAGCAUUUAAAGCAAUUCCCAUUCCGGGUUACAAGUUUUUACCCACAAAAAGGAAUUUAGAAUCUUGGAAAUUACAUAAGGAAAUAAACAAGAGCUUAAUAAGAGUAAUUGAGAAGAGAAGAACAUUGGGUGACAUGGAUAUGGUAAAUGGGCCGAAGGAUUUACUUGGGCUUAUGGUCGAAGCGAGUAGGAAAGAAUCCUCACCGGUGAUCACGGCACAUGACAUUGCGGAGGAGUGUAAGAGUUUUUUCUUUGCCGGUGAACAAACCACGGCCAAUUUGUUGACAUGGACCACCGUAUUGCUAGCAAUGCACCCAGAAUGGCAGGUGAUAGCACGUGAUGAGGUGCUUAAUGUGUUUGGAUCAUGUGACAUCCCCACUAAAGAUUGUGUUUCCAAGCUUAAAAUGUUGAACAUGAUACUCAAUGAAUCCUUGAGACUAUAUCCCCCAAUCGUGGCGUCGCUUAGACGAGCAAAAGCCAAUGUGGAACUUGGAGGGUAUAAGAUCCCACGUGGGACCGAGUUUCUCAUUCCAGUCGUGGCUAUCCAUCAUGAUCAAAGCAUAUGGGGUACUGACGCUAAUGAGUUUAAUCCACGUCGAUUCUCGAAUGGAGUGGCACGUGCAUCUAAACAUUCCAUGGCCUUUUUUCCUUUUGGGCUCGGUGUUCGCAGGUGCAUUGGACAGAAUCUUGCUAUUCUACAAGCAAAGUUGACUAUUGCAAUGAUAUUACAAAGAUUCUCUUUUGAGUUGUCUCCAAAGUAUCAGCAUGCACCUACUGUUCUUAUGAUGCUUCAUCCACAACACGGUGCACCAAUUAUUUUCAAAUAUUUACGGACGAGUCCUAGCACCAAAGAGAAUGAAGGGUCAUUUCCCUAGAGUAGUGCCCUACUUGUGUGAGUAGACCUUAUUCAUUUUAGUGCACACAAAAAACGACCCCUAAAGAGAAAAGUGAAAAGAAAAGGAAAACUAUAUUAAAAAAGCAACAAAACAAAUGAUCAGCCGAAUAAAUCGUAAAUUAAAUUUAUUUUUAUUUAUGCUAUAUUUUAAAAUAUAUGGAAUGGCCCAUCUCAAGUACAAAAUGCAGUAUUACCGGUAUUAGUGUUUAGAAUUUGGACAUGUGACUAGCUAGAUAUCUUC